UGAGCUCCGUCGGUGCGCUUGUGUAUAUCAUAUACGAAGAAUGCUGCUGCAAAGAAAAGUGAACUCAAACUCAAGUCGAGACGACGACGGUGGCGACGACAACGAUCCAUAAAGCCAGUUGCCCAUAAGCCAAACGCGACUUCAGCAUUGCACACGCGCAUCAUCUUCGACUCUCGCUGACAAUAGAAGGAAAUUAAGCCGCAGUCACCUUUGUUAUUAUCGGGGUUGCUGCUGUUGUUGUUGUUGUUGUUGUAGUUGUUGCUGUUGUUGCUGCUGCUGCUCUGGCAGGUACACAAAAGGAAAAGCCGACACACGUACCCGAUCACGAUCCUUGUUGACACACGUACUAAAAGCCACUCCAUCAACUAGCUGACGCCAUGAGCAGCAGCUCCAAUGAUGAAUAGAUAGGAAAAACAGUUUUCAUUGAAUUCGCUUCUAGCGCAGCUCAUGCAUCGACCAGCGACGAUCCCUAAACGACAAAAACAAAACCGAAAGUGGGGAUCAUUGGCCAGCGACAGGUCGUCGUCAGCGGACGUCAAUCGGCUUAAGCGAUGAGCGAUCAACUGUUGAGCGCUGCCACGGAUGAUGAUCCACCAGCACUGAUACCGACGCCAGUGUCAUUGCCCAGCGCUUAUGUUGAUGCGGAUGCAUCUGCAGAGCAGCCCGUGCUCUUGGAGCUGGGCGCUGCCCAGCCACCGGCAGCGAGUCUCAACUAUACGCUGUCACCGGAUGGCGCUGCGAUGCUCACCUAUACAGCGCCCACCCACGCCCACAUCAGCUAUUCGCCCACAUUGAUGUCCAGUUAUGAGAAGCAGCAUAACCUCAGCCUGAUUGGGCCGGGAAUAGGUAGCAGUUCCGCCUACAGCAUUAGCAUACCACAGACUGUGUCCAUGUGGCAUGAUGGCUGCGCGCCGCUUGAGCCCAAGCGCAGCGAACUGGUCGCCGUGCCGCCGCCCACAUAUAUGACAUAUAGCGGGGGUGGCAGUGGUGGCGGUGGUGUUGGUGCAGUGGAGGUGGAGAUUGCGAAGGAACAGAACCCGGCAUGGCGCGAAAAGGCGCUACAAAUGGAGAAAGACUACAGACGCACGGCCUGUGAUAGGGAGCGCACGCGCAUGCGUGACAUGAAUAAAGCCUUCGAUCUGCUGCGCUCCAAGUUGCCCAUCUCGAAGCCCAAUGGCAAGAAGUACUCCAAAAUCGAGAGCUUACGCAUCGCCAUCAACUACAUUAACCAUCUGCAGGCCAUGCUGCGCGAGAAUCAUGUGCUGCCCGAAACGGAGCUGGUUUCGUUCAAGUGCAGUAGUCGCUCUCUGCACUACGAUAGCCAGAGCCAACACCUCAGUCACUCCGCUGGCUAUGACUAUGAGAACACCGCCUCAGCGGCUGCUUCAUCACAGAAUGGCUGCACCUGGAGCGGUGGCAGCAGCAGCUCGCCCAACUAUGAGAGCAACUCCAAGGAUCAUUGGAACACGUAGUUAUCCUUGGUCAGCACGGUUACAGUGCCAUUGCCAAAGAAAGUUUCGGAAUAUGGAAAGUUUUCAUCAUACAGUGACUCUUUGAUUUGUAUAUAUCGUAUAAUACCAGUGUACCAUGGGUAGCUUUCACCUGUUUUUCAGUUGAAAAAAAUAUAAAAUAAACCGAAACAGUAAUCAAACUUUUAAUA